CUUAAUUGUUGGAAGCCACCCCAUAGGAGAAGAAGGAGAUGGCAAAGCAGGGCUCAAAAGGACCUGGACCUGGUAAGAGAGCAAGGAAAGACCCCCUUCCCAUCCAAGCUGAGAGUGGUGCUGAAUUCUGGGAGAGAGUUGUGCCAGAGGUCUGUGAUCAGAAGCCCCUGAACUUAGAAGAACUUUGCCAACGCUUCCGGCAGUUCCGCUACCAUCAUGCUGAUGGGCCCCGAGAGGUUUGCAGCCAGCUCCAUGGACUUUGCAGCCACUGGCUGAAGCCGGAGAGACACUCCAAGAAGCAGAUCCUGGACCUGGUGAUCCUGGACCAGUUCCUGACCAUCCUGCCUCAUGAAAUGCAACGCUGGGUCAGAGGAUGUGAUCCAGAGACCAGUUCUCAAGCAGUGGCCCUGGCCGAAGCUUUCCUCCUGAGUCAGGCAGAGGAGAAGAGGCAAGCAGAACAGAGGUGGGGUCCAUCCGUGAAAAUGGAAGCAAAGUUUUCUCAGACAGAAGGAGGGGAUCUGACCUGGGCCCAGGAAAAUACCCCAAAUGCCCUCUCACGUGGCAAUGAAGAGACAGUGUUGAACUAUUCUCUCUGUGGAGGUGUGGAAACAGCUGCUGAACCUCCAAUGCAGGUUUCCUUUGAGGAGGUGGCCGUGUAUUUUACAGAGGCGGAGUGGGCAUUGCUGGACCCAGAGGAAAGAGCUCUUUAUGAGGACGUCAUGGUGGAGAACUACGGGAGUGUGGCAUGUCUGGCAGGGUAUGAACAGCGGAAUGAGGGUGAUCACAAGGUGCAUCAGCUAUUGCCUGGGAAAGUCAAGAAUGAAGAUCUGAAAGGAAACAUCUGGAAUCAAGGUGGACCUAAGAGCCAAAAAGGAAGUCACAUGGCUAAGAGGGAUAAACCCAUUUCCCGCCAAUGGCAGGAUUUUCAUGAAGUAAUACACAUGGAGGAAGAAGCAUAUAGGUGCUUAGAGUGUGGAAUGAACUUCUCAGAUAAAAACCAGUAUGAGAUCCAUUUGCAAGUGCACAGUGGAAAGAUGUCCCAUCAAUGCUUGGAGUGUGGUAAGACCUUCCUUUGCAGAGUAGAGUUACUUGGGCAUAAAAGAACACAUAAAGGAGAGAAACCUUAUAGCUACUCAUGCUAUGGCAAGAGCUUCUCACAAAAAUCAGAUCUUUUUCAACACCAAAGGACUCACUCAGCAGAGAAGCCAUUCAUCUACUUAGAGUGGGGAAAGACCUUCUGUGGUAGAAGAAAGGGUAAUGUUCGUAUUCUAAAGCACAGUAUAAUGAGGGCACAGAAAUGCUUUCGGUGUGGAAAAUUCUUCAGCUGCAGAUCAAAGCUUCUUGUGCACCAAAGAACCCACACAGGAGAGAAGCCUUUUGAAUGCUCAGAGUGUGGAAAGAGAUUCAGUCAGAGUUGCCAUCUUCAACAGCAUCAAAGAACUCAUACAAAGGAGAGACCUUUUGAAUGCACACUGUGUGGAAAGAGUUUCAGUCGGAGUAGCACUCUUCAACAGCAUCAAAAAACUCACACAAAGGAGAAACCUUUUGAAUGCUCAUUGUGUGGAAAGAGAUUCAGUCGGAGUAGCACUCUUCAACAGCAUCAAAGAACUCAUGCAAAGGAGAAACCUUUUGAAUGCUCAUUGUGUGGAAAGAGAUUCAGCCGGAAUGACAAUCUUCAAAACCAUCAAAGAACUCACACAAAGGAGAAACCUUUUGAGUGCACACUGUGUGGAAAGAGAUUCAGUCAUAGUAGCACUCUUCAACAGCAUCGAAGAACUCACACUAAGGAGAGACCUUUUGAAUGCUCCGAGUGUGGAAAGAGAUUCAGUGUGAGUAGCAAUCUUCAACAGCAUCAGAGAAUUCACAGAAAGGAGACCCCUUUUGAAUGCUCAGAGUGUGGAAAGAAAUUCAGUCAGAGGAGUGCUCUUCAAAGGCAUCAGAGAACUUAUACAAAUGAGAAACCUUUUGAAUGCUCCUUGUGUGGAAAAAGAUUCAAUUGGAGUAGUGCUCUUCAACAGCAUCAAAGAACUCACUCAAAGGAGAGACCUUUUGAAUGCUCAGACUGUGGAAAGAAAUUUAGUCGUAGUAGCACUCUUCAUGAGCAUCAAAGAAUCCACUCAGGAGAGAGACCUUUUGAAUGCUCAGAGUGUGGAAAGAGAUUCAGUCAUAAUGGCAACCUUCAAAGUCAUCAAAGAACUCACACAAAAGAGAGACCUUUUGAAUGCUCAGAGUGUGGAAAGAGAUUCAGUCACAGUAGCAAUCUUCAAAGGCAUGAACACAUCCACACUGGGGAGAAACCAUAUAAAUGCUUGGUGUGCGGAAAAGGCUUUGCUCGCAGUUCACAUCUUACUCAACAUCAACCCAUCCACACUGGGGAGAAACCAUAUAAAUGCUUGGAGUGUGGGAAGAGCUUUGCUCAAAGUAUAGGUCUAACUAUCCAUCAACGAAUCCACACUGGGGAGAAACCAUAUAAAUGCUUGGAGUGUGGGAAGAGCUUUGCUCAUAGUUCACAUCUUACCCAACAUCAACCCAUCCACACUGGGGAGAAACCAUAUAAAUGCAAGGAGUGUGGAAAGAGCUUUGCACACAGUUCCCGUCUUACUCAACAUCAACGAAUCCACACUGGGGAGAAACCCUAUAAAUGCAAGGAGUGUGCCAAGAGCUUUGCUCAGAGUACACAUCUUACUAUCCAUCAACGAAUCCACACUGGGGAGAAACCAUACAAAUGCUUGGAAUGUGCCAAGAGCUUUGCUCAGAGCACACAUCUUACUAAACAUCAACAGAUCCAUAUUGAGGAGAGAACGUAUAAAUGUUUGGAGUUUGAAAAAAGCUUUGUUCAUAGUUCAAGCCUUAUUCCACAUCAACAAAUCCACACUGAGGAGAAACCAUAUAAAUGCUUGGAGUGUGCCAAGAGCUUUGGUCAGAGUGCACAUCUUAUUAUCCAUCAACGAAUCCACACUGGGGAGAAACCAUAUACAUGUUUGGAUUGUGGAAAGAGCUUUACUCACAAUUCAACACUUACUCAACAUCAACGAACCCACACUGGUGAGAAACCUUACAAAUGCUUGGAGUGUGCCAAGAGCUUUGCUCAGAGUUCACAUCUUACUAUUCAUCAACGAAACCACACCGGGAAGAAACCAUAUAAAUGCUUGGAUUGUGGAAAGAACUUCGUUUACAGUUCACAUCUUACUCAACAUCAACGAAUCCACACUGGUGAAAAGCCAUAUAAAUGCCUGGAGUGUGGAAAAAACUUUGUUUACAGUUCACAUCUUACUCAACAUCAACGAAUCCACACUGGGGAAAAACCAUAUAAAUGCCUGGAUUGUGGAAAGAGCUUUUCUCAGAAUUCACAUCUUACUAAACAUCAACAAAUCCACACCGGGAAGAAACUUUAUAAAUGCUUGGAGUAUACUGGAGAGAAACCAUAUAAAUGCUUGGAGUGUGGAAAGAGUUUUUCUCAGAGUUCCCAUCUUACUCAACAUCAACGAAUUCACACUGGGGAAAAACCAUAUAAAUGCUUACAAUGUGGUAAGAGCUUUUCUCAGGGUUCACAUCUUACUAAACAUCAACGAAUCCACACUGGGAAGAAACCAUAUAAAUGCUUGAAGGUUUGUGGAAAGAACUUUGCUAAGUAUUCCCUCCUUGCUGCUCAUCAACUAAUCCAUACAGGGGAGAAACCACAUAAAUGCUUCGAUUGUGGGAAGAGCUUUGCUUGGAAUUCUUUGCUUACUCACCAUCAACGUGUCCACACUGGGGAUAAACCAUACAAAUGCUUGCAGUGUGGAAAGAAAUUUGCUUGGAGCUCAAUGCUGAGGGCCCAUCAACGUAUCCAUACUGGAGAGAAACCUUAUAAAUGCUUGGAGUGUGGAAAGAGCUUUACUCAUAGUUGCAGUCUUGCUGCUCAUCGACAAACCCACGGUGGAGAGAAACAGUAUAAAUGCUUGGAGUGCGGAAAGAGCUUUCCUUGUGCUUCAAAACUUAUUAUCCAUCAACGUGUCCACACUGGGGUGAAACCAUAUAAAUGCUUGGAUUGUGGAAAAAGCUUUGCAUGCAGUUCACAGCUUACUGUUCAUCACCGUGUCCACACUGGAGAGAAACCAUACAAAUGCUUGCAGUGUGGAAAGGAAUUUGCUUGGAGUUCAGUGCUUACGACUCAUCAACGUAUCCAUACUGGGGAGAAACCAUAUAAAUGCUUGGAGUGUGGAAAAAGCUUUGCUCACAGUUGCAGCCUGGCUGCUCAUCGACAAAGCCAUAGUGGGGAGAAACCAUAUAAUUGUUUAGAUUGUGGAAAGAGUUUUACUCGGGGAGAUAGCCUAGCUGCUCAUCGACGAAUCCACACUGGGGAGAAACCAUAUAAAUGCCUGGAGUGUGGAACGAGCUUUGCUCGGAAUGACCAAUUGACUGCUCAUCGACGAUUCCACACUGGGGAGAAGCCAUAUAAAUGCUUAGAGUGUGGGAAGAGCUUUGCUCAGAGUUGCAGCCUUGCCGCUCAUCAACAAACCCACUGUGUGGAGAAACCAUAUAAAUGCUUGGAUUGUGGAAAGAGCUUUCCUCGGGCUUUAAAUCUUACUAUCCAUCAACGUGUCCACACUGGGGAGAAGCCAUAUAUAUGUUCAGAGUGUGGAAAGAGCUAUGCUCAUAGUUGCAGCCUUGCUGCCCAUCGACAAAUCCACAGUGGAGAUAAAAUAUAUAAAUGCUUGGAGUGUGGAAAGAGCUUUCCUCGGGCUUUAAAUCUUACUAUCCAUCUACGUGUCCACACUGGGGUAAAACCUUAUAAAUGCUUGGAGUGUGGAAAGAACUUUGCUCGUAAUACACACCUUAUUGAGCAUCAACGCGUCCACACUGGGGAGAAACCAUAUAAAUGCCUGGAAUGUGGAAAGAGCUUUACUCAAAGACAUAGCCUAGCUGCUCAUCAACAAACCCACAGUGGGGAGAAACCAUAUAAAUGCUUGGAGUGUGGAAAGUGCUUUACUCAGAGACAUAGCCUAGCUGUUCAUCAACGAAUUCACACUGGGGAGAAACCAUAUAAAUGCAUGGAGUGUGGAAUGAGCUUUGCUCGGAAUGACAAAUUGGCUGCGCAUCGACGACUCCACGCUGCGGAAAUACCAUAUAAAUGACUAGAGUGUGGAAAGCUUUGUUGCUCACAAGACACAUCUUACUGCCCAUCAACAUGUCCAUACUGGGAAGAAACCAUACAUCUGCUUGCAGAGUGAAAAUAAAUUUGGUCUGAGCUCAGUGCUUAAGAUCCAUCAGUGUAUCCAUACUGGAAAGAAACCAUAUAAAUACUUGAAGUGUGGAAAGCAUUUUGCUGAAAAAGGGUAGCUUAAGUUACAACAAAGAAUUCAUACAGGGGAGAAACUAUACAAAUGUCAACCCAUGAUCAGAGAAUUCACACACGAGAGAAACCAUACAUACAUUUCCAGGGUGGCAAGAUCUUCAGGUUCAACCUUUCUAGGCAUUAUCAUCUAUGGGUGGUUUUUGUUAAAUCUGGCAGGUAUUAUAUACAGCUGCUGAACUGGUUUGGUUAAGGAAUAUUUAUUUCUCAGUUAAAAUAUUUGCAAUAGCAAGUUUAUUAUAAAAUAUGAGUUAUUUGUCUUAUUCAGUGAAGACACGUUACAGACCUUAAGGCAGUGAUUUUCAACCGGGGUUCCGCAGCACGCUGGGGUGUCGUGAGCAUGUCCCAGGGGUACUGUGACAGCGCUACCACCCCCCCACCCCCCGCCGGAAUCAAAUGGAUGGGGAGGUUGGGAGCCUCAUGGGCUCCCUUUAAACAACAUUGAAAAGCAGUGUUGUUUUGUCUGCCUAAAUUCGUUGUGGAAUGGGGGGGAAUUUAAAGGGAGCUCUCCUUUUAACCCCCCCCCCCAAAUCCACACUGAAUUUAAGCAAAGAAACAAUGCUACUUUCAACACUGCUUUCUCUCCCCUUCCCUCUCCCUUGGUUGCCACCCCCUUCCUUUCCCAGUGCCCCUGCUUGCCACCCCCCUCCACAACAAUCACGCAUAUGGUAAAAAAGCACAGAUCAUCAUGGAUCCUCCUGAUUUUUCCACUUGGUCACCCCAAAAUCACCAUCACAUCUCACGCCCCUGGUCACAUGUCUGAACACAACAAUCACCCAUCCCAUGCUCCGUGGCAUCGCAGUGGUGCAAAAAAAGUAGGAGGUGGUGUGGGAUGGGCUGAGGUUUGCUGUUAUGCCCAGUUGGCUCUGUGGUAGAGACUUCAGUGGGGAAGGGCUCUCUGCUUAGGGUCUUGCUGGGGGUAGGAGCAGGGCUGCUGGGGGUAGGAGCAGGGCUGCUGGUGAGUCUCCUGAAAGGAACCAGCCAACUUUGCUGAAGUUUGCAUGGGAGGGGCAAAUGCUGAGGGCACCCAAUUGGAGGUGAAGCUAAUGCCUACAAAACAAGUGCCCAGCCAUCCAAACUUUGGCAAAGUUGGCUGGUUCCUUUUAGGAGACUCAUCAGCAGCCCUGUGGGAAAUUUGGUGGCCCUACCCAGAACAAGAACCCCACCAGAGUCCCCGAUCAAAUCUCCAGCACAGAGCCAGCCAGGCAUAACAGCAAGCCCCAUUGAAGUCUAUGGUAGGAAAAAACAUUUUUUCUCACCAUAGAACUUGCUGAAGAGCCUGGCAGAUUUCUCUGCUCUGAAGUAGCUCCAUUGCAACCAAUAGGGAAAUUUCUGUGGGUACAUAUUUUUCAAAGUAGGGCACCAACCUUUCAGGGUAUCUUCAGGAGACUCUCUUGAUGAUACCACCCAGAUUUGGUGUCCUGACAGCAGUGGGAGAUGGGCCCCACCAUUUUGGGGGUUCAUAAAAUUGAACAAAAAUUGUUCCCAGAGCUGGAAGUGUCCCAGAGGUUCUGUUGAACUCCUUAUAUAUCAGGGUGCAUUCCACAAGUAGAGGUACCUUGAUUCAGUGGUAGACUGUCUGCUUUGCACCGCACAACAGGGCCUGUAUUGUCUAGAUUGCCCGUGGUGACAUCCAGGCAGUCUAGUUGUGCUGCAGUUGCUAUGCUUCAGGGCAGAAAUCCUCAGCAUCCUCUGGAUUGUUAUCUAAACACACAGGAUGAAAGUGCUCAGACUGGUGGAAGGCAAUGAUAGAGGGAGGCAGGUGACUCUUCCUAUGGAGUGAGUUCUAAAGUACAGGUACCAUGAUUGAGAAGGCUGUUUCUUGGCCUCCAGUGGGAGUGUAAAGGUGGCAGAUACAUGUUUUCAAUAAAAUAAAUGAUGAUGGGAAUAGGUGGUCUGGGACUAUGAACAGGGAUGUAACAGUCAAACCCCAAGGUGUUGUAGUCCCACUGUACUCUGCAUUGGUCCAGCCGCACGUGGAGACCUCUUCUCACAAAGGAUGUGGGCAGGAUGGAGCAAGUGCAGAGGAGAGUGAGGAGGAAAGGUUGAAGCAUUUGAGUGUAAUGUAAAUCUAAUGGAAUCAUUCUUUUUUUAAAAAAAAAAUACCCAGUUUUAAAGACUCAGCAUUAUGGAGAGCCCAAAGUAGCAGGUAAAACAUGAUCUGACUUAGCCUCUCACGAUGUCUUCCAACACACUCAAGCCCACAAGCUCCUGAGCAGGGGAUUCUUCAGUCAAGAGCAGGGUUGGAAAGAUGGCCCACCCACCCUAGCAGAGGGAGGGGGAGGCGUGCCAUGCAA